AUGCCUCUGAUCACCAGCCCUUACAAGGAUGCCUUUAUGAAGGCAAACCCGGGCUACAAGUGGUGUCCCACUACCAGCAAACCAGUUAAGAGCUCUUCCUGUCAGCCAGUCAGCAAUUCCCGCAAAAAAGUUUGGUCCUUUCCUUGCAACUUAUCCAAGGACUCCACUGCCAAAAAAGUGCCCAACACUGCAAGCAUGCCACAGUUAAAUUUUGCCAUGGCAGAUCCUACAAAGAUGGGAGGCCUGAGCAUGUUGCUGUUAGCUGGAGAACAUGCCCUCACAAAUAAAGAGAUCCCUUCAAGCACUAAACCUAGUUUACCUGACACAGUCAGUGAAGGAAACCAUUUUCCACAGGACAAGGAAGAGAUGUUGUCCGGGAUAAUAACAAACAGAAUGCCUGACAUUCCUGAAAGCAGGAUUCAGUCUGCUCUUUGCCCAGUGGCAGAGUCAUCGCUGUCUGCAGCAUCUGAAGGAAAAUUAUGCCGACAGUCUGCUCUCUUCCAGCUUGCUGAGAUGUGUUUAGCUUCUGAAGCUGGAAAAAUGGAUACAGUUGUAUCUCAGCCACAGGACAGCUGCUCAACAGACCCUCUCCAACAAACUAUCAGACCAGAGGUCAAGGAGGAGAGAUCAGGCACUGACUGCUGCCCUCCCUUGUCUCAGAAAUCAAUGUUCUUACCUACAACCUGCGCUGUCACUUCUACCUCCACUGAUGCCAUUCUCCCACAACUCAGUAGCCAAAAUGCACAGGUCAAAAAGAAAGGCAAGAAAAGAGAUGUGGCCAAGUCAAAUGAAAAUGAUGAGAUCCGAUGUUCAGCAAAGAAAGUUAUCAAGUCUAGCCAUUCAGAAAACGUGGACAGUGUCUUCAGUACAAUUGAGGCAGUGGCUAAAGGGGCCUGGAUGGACACAGAGGACAAGUCCAAGAAGAAGGUUGACAGUUGUCUUUUUGGUGGUUUGUCCAAAAAGAAAACUAAGCCCAAAACCAAGACCUUUGUCAAAGAGGAAGAGGUGGAGAUGGAUAACAGCUGUGGGCAGAGUGGACAGUACAGCUCCUCUGAGAUGGAAAUGAAAGAAAAGAUGAUUGAUAUUAGCUGUAGGAUGGAAACAGAAGAAGUCAAUGUAGAAAGCACAGAUUUCCAGGGUCAGACAACAGAACACCAUCAGUCCCCUUGCAGUCAUUCACCUGUUAAGCUCAAAGAACAUGACAAGGGGAAGGAGAGGUCAAGUGAUGCAACCUGUGAGUCUAACACUGAAAACCGUGGCUCCAGGAAAUCAGAGCGAAGCUGUAAAGGUGCCUUGUAUAAAACUCUGGUCUCUGAGGGAAUGCUGACUUCACUGAGAGCCAAUAUUGACCGAGGUAAAAGAGGUGUUUUUCGUACAUCUGAUCAUGAUGCUAACUGGGGUGAUGACAGCUGGGCAGUUUCACACAUAGGACCUAAUUACCCCAGGAAGCUGAAGAAGUCCAAGUCCAAAGAUGAGUCUUCUCAGGGCCUAGGAAAACUGGAGGAGGAGUUUGAGAAGAAGUUUAAUAGCCUGCCACAGUACAGCCCAAUGACAUUUGAUAAGAAGGGGACUACUGUUGCAAAAAAAAAGAAGUCUGACAGUCCCACCCUCCAAAUGGACACAUCUAAGGCUGGAAAAGGGCCAGCUCAGAAAACGACUUCUUUCCACAAGAUUGUUAGGAAGCACAAACACAAAACGGAGAAACCAGGUGCAGUGGACAAAGCAGUGGGACAGACUGAUUCUACCAUGCUGGAUUUAGCUUCAGAAGCCAAAUCAUGUUGCCCUGUUGCCAUAAUCUGCCCAGAUGUUCAGGGCACCACUACUAUGGAGAUGCUAGUUGGUAGCCAGAAAAGAAAGGCGAGGAAGACCAAGAUCACACAUUUGGUGCGCACAGCACAUGGCAGUGUGUCUCCAGCUGAGGAAGACAAAAUGAGGGAUCUGAACCAGGACCAGGAUAAGAAGCCAUCACCCCAACAAAAUUUAUGCAAUGAAAAAGGGUGCUACAGUUGUCCCAGAGGAGAGGAGGCCGACAGGAGCACUGUACCACAAGAGCUACCUGCUUUAUUCAGUUUGGCUGCCCUCGCUGAGGUCGCAGCCAUGGAAAACAUUCACAGAGGCCAGAGAGGCUUGGCUGAGAGUCAGAAUAAAGAAAUUUCCCAGACUCCAGUGCUCAUCUCCUGCGCUGAUCAGUGAAACUCUGCUGCUGUUCUGAGAAGCUACAACAUGGAGGUUUGCAUUGGAGUUUAACUUUCCUCUGUGGUAGCCCCACACUGAAAGAAGACUUGAUCAGGAAGUUUUGGACAUAUUCCACCUUCCCCUUUUGUGGUGAAUUUUCUUGAGGGACAAAGAGACCCUCUCCAUUUCUUGUUCCUUCUCCUCUUGCUCCUCACUAUCUCAGUGUUUUCUCCUUAAGCCUUCCAUUGGAUUGGGGGAAAGAUGCCUUUCUUAAGUCCUCACACCCCCCACCCCCAGAUAUGCCAUUAGGGCCUUUGUCAGAAUCAAGCUAUCAACCAGUGCAUGGCUUCUCUUGUAGAGAUGGUUGUAGAGUUGGGUUUAUUGUACAUGUUUGUCAAAUAGAGGUAAUUUUAAGGAUAAGACAUUUUAGAUGGAAAGAAAAAAAACACUGCAUUUGCUUUCGAGACAAAACGGCUUACUUUCACCUUUUGUACCUCACACAUAUGCCUGCUGAAGAGUUCCCUCCACCUCUGGUAUAAUACCUCUCUAUUUAAAUAGCUCUCAUCUCUUCCAGCUUCAACCCAAAAUGACUUUAACCAGGGUAAAUAAUCAUGAUCAAUAGACCAUCACCAAGUUAGUGUUUCUCAGUGGAACACUAAUGUGGUAUACUCAAACUCUGAAGAAAUUUUGGUUGAGGUUUUGAUAUGUUAAAAUUACGCGACUUUAAAACAGUAUGUAGUAGCUGCAGAUAAUCAUGUUAUAUACUGAAUCUGAAGUAGACCUGUGCAUCACUUGGAUCUGAACUAGAGUCCUACCUAGCUUCUAGUAGUAGAAUCAGAGUGUUGCUGUGAGGCUCGUGAGACACUGGGUCUGCAUAAAAACUUUCUUGUGAUGGGGAGGUUGAGUAAAAGUGAUUCAACUAUAGCCUUAAUUCUCCCACCUACACCUUCUUUGCCACCAGAAAGCCCUCAAACAACUUCUUUCUCAAGGUCCCAAAGUCAGUGUAAACAUUUAUCAAUAGUCAAAUGCAGUUUUUGUCAAUACUUGAUCUUACUGCAGUUUGCGUAGCAGUUAGAAAGGUUAAUUCAUGCGUGCAUCUUACUUCAUGGAUGUUGUUUGUUUCAUAAAAUGGACUCGUCAUAGUUUGAGUUGCUCAUGUAAGGGAGUAAUAAAAUGCAUCGUCUCCACCAGACGCAGUGUUCUUACCCUAUAGUCUGUCCAGUAGUGUCUUCAACACCCUCAGGACCUGGCUAAAGCCAGCUACAAUAUCAACAGAGAUGAGAAGAUUCUCAGUGGAAUGUUUGGUUAUAAGACAUGGCUCAUAAUAUGAGCAGGAUGCUCAAAAAACACCGUGGUUAUUUGUCUUCAGAUUUUAUACAAAAUCAAAAUAUUGAAAUAAUGUUUAAAAGUGAAAUAGUAAUGUGCUGCUUCCUCUUAGAGCUGAUAGAGGCAAGGCAUUUAAUCAUUCCCCAUUCACUUCCUCUUGGCCUUUGGAGAUUGAUUCAGUAAUGGUCUGCUCAGAGGUCACGUGAUCAGUGUUUUACAGCUGUAAAAUAUAAAUUAAAUACAAAUGAUUCAGUUAAGCUGCUGGUUUGCUGUCUUCCCAAGAACUGGCGCAACCUGAAAGAGGCCAAUAGAGUCUGAGACCUGGCAGAAUACCCUUCACCUUUUUACCCUGUAGCCUUUUGUUUCUCUCUGUAGACCAAUGCUUAAUUUGUCACCUUUUAGAUUCAUUUAAUAACGUUAAUAGCUUUUAGUUUUCUAGUUGGUCAUUCUUCUUUUUUUGGGUGUGUUUCUGAUAUUCUUUUAACUAGGUCCUUAAUGAACUUCAGUGUUUUUCCUGAGGUCAAGUUUACUGGAUUAAGACUGUUGUCAAAAAAGAUUACGCUCACAGACGAUGAAUGUGUCUCUGCUGUGAUAAGCAGAGAGGCACUAAGAAAAAAUGCACUGUCUUUAAAUAAUGAGCUGUCUUUUUCCUCUCUGGAGGUGUGUGUUUGACGUUGACUGUCCACUAUUUCCUGGAUAUGUGUUAAGAGUGUUUUCAGACACUUAAUGAUAGACAAAUAUUGAAAGAAGCAACUGGAUCUCAAGAGAAGUUGUGUCUUUAAACAGAGUAUUUUUUUCCUAAAUCAAGACAUUGUUACAUAGUAAUUUUUUUUCUUAUACAGGCCCUUGUGUGCAAAUAAUGCUGUACAUGCAACAAGUCUUUAAUUCUGCUCAGAAGUUGUUUUUAACAGAAUAACUGCACGUUAGCCAGUUAAGCUUAAAGGAACCACAAAAUGCUUUAUGAUAAUCCUAAGAAUGGAUGUGUGUAUUUUUUCUAAUAUGAACGAAAGUUACAUUAAGGAUACUGUCAUCUAAGCGGUAAACUAUAUAGUUCUUCCACUGGUAUCUAUCAGUGUAGUUCUUUGUAAAGACAAAGUUGUCUUCCCCCAGCCCACCCCCAAAAAUAUAUGCUUAUAGCAAGUGAGUCUGCUGACAUUUGCCAAAGAAGAGAGAGGUAUAUUCAGACAGAAAUCCUGACUUUUUCUCUUUUUUUCUUUUUUUUUUUUUGGGGGGGGGGGCAGCUACACUGGAUUUUUUUUUUUUAAGUGUUAAAAUCUUCAGGUAAUAUUAUCAGCACAAUUGAUCUUGUGUAUUUAAUGGGAUUGACUUGGUAUUUGAAUCCAGAGUUGGAAUGAAGUGCAAGAAAAAGGCACCACUAAAUGCCUGCGUAUACAGUAUUUGCACCUUACAACCCAAGCCAAAAUGGUCAUGGUCUUGGAAGAAUAAUUUUUUUACCCACUCUGUGGUAAUUAUGCAUUUUAUUGACAUAUAGUGCUGUGAUAAAGUAUUUGCCCCCUCCUGAUUUCUCAGGUUUUUUUGCUUAUUUGUCACACUUGUGUGACAAAUAACUAAUCAGGAUGAUAUAACAAACUUGAACAGAUAAAGUUAAAAAAAAACAAAAAACAAAUUCAAAAUGUAGUUUUUAAAUGAUUUAAUUUGGUUGUGUCACCUUUGGCAGCAAGUACUGCAAUCAAGCAUUUGCAAUAACUGGCAAUAAGUCUUCCACAUUGUGGAAUGUGGAGGAAUUUUGGCCCACUGUGUAGAAUUUUUCUUAUUGAGCUAUAUUGGAGGGUUUUCGAGCAUCAACUGACUUUUUUUUUUUUUUCUUCUUCUUUUUUCUUUUUUUAAGGGCCUCAGAGAAAAAAAGUCUGACAGGUACCACCGCCAUGCAGCAUAAACAGGCAGGAAACUGGGGGAAAAAAAACAAAGCUCUGCUCUGAUGCUGGCAAAAAAAAAACUAAUUUAUGCUAUCUGCUACAGGCUGGGGUAUCUGUCGGUUGGUAGUGUUUUAAUAUAUCAUUGGCCCCCCUUUUUUUUGGAGUGUGUGUGUGUGUGCGUGCUUAUGCGUGCAUGUCCCUGUGCGCAUACAUGCCCGUGUUCAUGCACUUGUGAAGACAUGCAUGUGAUCCCUUCCAAAUUUAACGUAGUGAGCCCAACUCAUCACAAGAUUUUUUUUUUUCUUCCCCUUUACAAAAACAGCCUAUUUUAAGAUCAGACCAUUUAAGUGCUGAUUUUGACUUGGCCACGCCAAAACUUAAAUUUUGUUUUGUUUAUUUUUAAAGGUUUUUUCUUUUAGCUAUUCAGAGGUUGACUUGCUGGUAUGUUUUGGAUCCUUGUCUUGCUGCAUAACCUGAGUGAACUUUGGGGUAGAAACUGAUGGCCAGACAUCCUCUGUCAGGCUUUUUUUGUUAGAGAGCAAAAUUCAUGGUUCCAUCUAUUACAGCAAGUCCAGGUCCUGAAGCAGCAAAGCAUUUUGAUACCAUCACACUACCACCACCAUGUUUGCUGUCACAGUAUUCUUUUUAUGAAAUGCUGUGUUAGUUUUACGCCCGAUAUAAGAGAAAUCACCGCUUCCAAAAAGUUCAACUAUAAUCUCAUCAGUCCACAGAAUAUUUUCACAAAAUUCUUUGGGAUCAUCAAGAUAUUUUUGACAAAUGUGAGAUGAGCCUUUCUGUUCUUUUUAGUCAGCGAUGCUUUUCAUCUUGGAACUUUCCCAGGGGUGCCCUUGCCAGUCUUUCUUAUUGCUGAAUCAUGAACACUGAACAGUCUUUCAAGUGAUUUCUUGAUUCAGCAGGUCUGGCAGUAACCUGGCCCAGGUAUGGCUAGUGAUGUUGAGCUCAGCUUUCUUUCCCUUAAUAAACAAAAUCAUCAUGUAAGAACUUUAUUUUGCAUUUACUUGGGUUAUCUUUGACUAAUAUUAAAAUUUGUGUGACAAAUUGUGAUAAGGUGACAAAGUGUGACAAAUAUGCAAGAAAUCAGGAAAGUGGCAAAUAUAUUUUCACGUAACAAAACCACACAUCUACAAAACAGCCAUAAUUGUCAUUUUCCCCUCACCUUUUCUAUAUAGAAAAUGCUUCUAUAAUGUUGAAUUCCUGUAUUAGUUACCUAAAUGACUAUAAUAACCAUUUUGUGUUAGCACUGUCUCUUGAAUGUAAUCAUUUUGUACCUGUAUUUUUCUAAUUCAGUCUUGAUUGUACUGUAUGUAUGUAUGCUAUGAUGGUAUAUUGUUUCUGAGGUGCAUAGUUUGUUGCAACCAACAGUUCUCAUCACAGAAAAGUUCUUGCACCCUAAACUCAUUGGAAUUGUGUGGCAGUUUUAAGUCCAAAGGACUGUAAUGUGACCAUCCAUGAGACUGAAAUGAAAGAUUUAUGCAUUUUGAAUGGUAGAACAAUAUAUUUUCCUGGUUUGCUACUUUUUUCCUUUGCAGUAAAAGUCUGUUAAGGACAGUUUAACAGGGACACUCCUGCAAUCACAAUUAAAUGCUUAAGUCCCAACUUAUUUAUUACUGUUCCUUUUUAUAGGUUUAGUAAAUAAAAAGACAAAUAUAGAAAUGAAUAUGCAUCUGUUUAUACAUGAACGUGUAUAAGAUUAGCUAUCCUUUCCUGGAAUGUAAAUCAUGACUUUUUUGUGAUGAAGAGGUUGUCACAUCUUUUAAGUAUCUUUCCUCUGAUAGGUUGUACAUCAUGUGUUUACUCUAAUUUAUGUUACUGUAAUCAUUAUGAGACAUGUAUUUUUGAUUGUUAAAGCCCAGUUGUUACAUGCAGCCUUGCCUUACUGGAGCCCCUGCUUAGUGUGGGAUCCCUCACCCAACCUUCCAUACCCCACGUUGUCCAAGACGUCAUGACACUGUUUGCUGAUGCAACUGUUAUACCUUUUACACUUUCUGCUGAUGCAACUAUUGCUUCUUGAACACCUAUUAAAAUAACAUCUACUACAUCUGUG